AUGGUUCUUUAUUAUGGCUUGUUGGCUCUUGAGACAGCUAACAAUACGAUUGCCGCAAAUGCAACUGCUACAUCAACAACAACCAUCCCACGAACGUCUUCAUCUGAUCGAACGAAGCUAUCACGGAAGCAGAAAUACUUAUCAAAUUCUGUCGGUAAAAUGCCUUCAUCUUCACUAUCAACAUCGAAUUCAUGGAUUUAUACGGAAGAUUUAAGAAAACGUUUCGAAGAACGUUACAUUGACUGUCGUUACGUUUUCGUGCCUGUAUAUAUUGACUCCAAAUCUUCUCGUCGUAAUCGUAGUACGAAUAUUAUUACAUCACAAAAAGUCGAUAAUGAACAUUCUUGGAUGUAUUCGAGAUCACUUCGCGAUCAUUUGUUUUAUUCCACAUCGAAAAUCUCUCUUCCGUUAACAACGAAUAUAUCUUCAUCAGCAUGUUGCGUAACGAAUCAUGGAUUUAUGCGCGAUGAACAUCCGAUAAAGAAAACAUUGAAAUCGAGAUUAUUUAAACGUUCGUCGUCAACCAAAGAAAACUCGACAAGGAAUCUAUCAUCAUCGUUUCGAUCGUUUACGUCAUCGACAUCAUCAUUUCCUCUGGCGACUAAUCAUCUUGGAAAACAUCGAACAAAUGUAGUCGUUGAAGAAGAAGAUGACGAAGGUGUUGACGAUGAAAAUCAUUCAGCUCCACUCAUUAAACACGAUUCAACAAUUCCAUCGUUAUUAUCAACAUCACAUUCAGUUAGUGUAUCAUUAGCGGAAAAUAAUUCUCUGAUUAAACCGUCGCCGACGAGUGACUUGACUUUGCUAACAACGAAUAAACAAACGAUGCCACGGAAAAACCGUUUGACACGUUUGCGAUCGUUUUUCUUCAAAUCGUCUUCACAUUCUCAACAACAUAACACGCUGUCAACUUCGUCGUUGUCUAAUCGAAUCCUGACGACAUGA